UCUCUCAUCCUCCUCUAUAUGUCAUCUAAAACCAGCAGCUUCGCUUCCUUACCUCUUCCAAAAAAAACAGCAGUAGAACAAACAAAUGUAGAGGCGAUCGGGCAUUGGAUCAAAUGGCGACCGAGAAGGGAGAGGUGCUGCUUCUGGACUUAUGGGUCAGCGUGUUCGGGCAGCGGUGCCGGAUCGCGCUGGCGGAGAAGGGGGUGGAGUACGAGUAUAGAGAGGAGAGUCUUCUCGACAAGAGCCCGUUGCUGCUGAAGAUGAAUCCCAUCCACAAGAAGAUCCCGGUGCUUAUCCACGACGGCAAGCCUGUCUGCGAGUCCCUCAUCAUCGUCCAGUACAUCGACGAGGUCUGGACCAACAACCCCCUCCUUCCUUCGGAUUCCUACGAACGCGCCAAGGCCCGCUUCUGGGCUGACUUCGUCGACAAAAAGAUCUAUGAAUGUGGGACAAAGCUAUGGAGGCUCAAGGGGGAGGCCCAUGAUGAGGCCAAGAAGGAUAUGAUUGAGAUCUUGAAGCUUUUGGAGGGUGAACUUGGAGACAAGAAGUACUUUGGAGGAGAAACCUUUGGUUUUAUGGAUAUAGCAUUUGUACCUUUCACAGCCUGGUUCUAUUCCUACGAGACCUUGGGCAACUUCAGUACUGAGAAUGAGUGCCCCAAGUUGGUGGCGUGGGCCAAGAGGUGCAUGGAGAGGGAGAGUGUGACCAAGUCCCUUCCUCAUCCAUACAAGGUCUAUGAGGUCGUCGUCAAGCUUAAGAAGAGGUUUGGAGUAGAGUAGAGAAAGGUCAAAAAGGUAUAUGGAUGAAAAGAUGAGAUUUUCCUUGUAUUUUGAGCUAUUUUAUUUGUUUGUGGCCAAAUUUGGAGGCUGGAUGCAAGCAUUCUAUUGCCUUCCAUCUCCCAUGCUAUGGUCUGUAUCUUCUAAAUGAAGUAAUGUAUUAUAGUCUGAAAUUCAAAUCGAACAUGUGUGACAUGAAAUCAUUGUUAGGGCAUGUAUGAUGUUGCUUCUGUUGUACAAGAAAACAGAAUGAGCUAGAUUUUCAAGCUUCUC